AUGUUUAAACAGAGUGUCAGAACACUCGCCACGAAAGAGCUUUCGGUGGGAAUUCCCCCAAAGUAUACAUUGGCUUCCCUUCGGAGUUUUCCAUCCUUGGAGCCUCACUCUUUCGCACCUUACCCAACCAAGUUCUUGGACUUACCCUUGAGAAGAGACUUCUUAUGGAGUGCCGUGGUGUAUGAAGCCGAUAAGGCCCGUGUCGGCUCGGGAUACGUGCCUACCAAAGGUGACAAGUGGUUUUCUAACCGUAAGUUGCACCCCCAGAAAGGUACCGGACGUGCAAGAGUGGGAGAUGCCAACUCUCCAAUCAGAGACAAUGGAUUGAAAGCCCACGGUAUCAAGGCCCCACAUGACUGGUCAACCAGAUUGCCCCUGAAGAUUUACAGUAGAGCCAUCCGUACGGCGUUCAGUGAACAAUACAGAAACGGUAAGCUUUUCGUGAUUGGAGGUGAACAGGCUGGUGAGGGUGACGAAUUAACCACGAAUUUCAAGUACGAGUACCCUGAGCAGAUUUCACAGUUUGUGGAAAAGCACCAUUUGGAGCAGUUACAUUUGCUUUUUAUCACCGAUGGCCAAAGAGACAACUUGUUGAGUGCCAGUGAAGCUUUGGGUAAGAAGUGCGAUGUCUUGGUGAAGGAGGCAGUGGAGGUUAGAGACUUGUUGAAGGCCAACAGAAUAUAUAUUGAGGAGUCGGCGUUGAACUGGUUUGUGGGCAAGUACACCACGGACUAG